AAGAUGGGACUAUUCUCCACCAACAAGAUCUCCAGGGAUGAUCUGAAACCAGGAGACCACAUCUAUGCAUGGCGUAAAGCUUAUAUCUAUUCCCAUCACGGGAUCUACAUAGGCGAUGGAAAAGUCAUUCAUUUCACUCGUGGAGAUGGUCCAUCAGUCAGAGAGGGUAGUGUUUUGGACAAGAUCAUCGUUAGCUCAGUUACAAAUCACGGAGGUUACAAUCCUUGUCCUAACUGUGGCAAACGAUCCAAUACCCGUGGUGUAAUCUCUUCUUGUCUUGAUUGCUUUCUCGCCAGAGGAGACCUCCAUCUCUUCAAGUACAAUGUCUCUCUAGCCACCUUCAUGACCAAGCUUCGAGGAGGUACUUGCACAACAGCACCUUCAGACCCUUCCGAUGAAGUCAUUUCCCGUGCGAAGUUCCUCUUAAUGAUAAACGGGUUUGGUGACUACCAUCUUUUCAAGAACAACUGUGAAGAUUUCGCCAUGUACUGUAAGACUAGUUUGGUGGUCGGUCAAAGCUAUGUGCUUGGAAGAAACGGUCAAGCCAAUACGGUGGGUUUAGCUGCUUGCGUAGCACGCAUGCUUACUCCUUUGGUCAGAAAUGUUAUUCGUCUCUUCUCCGACGUUGGUAUGCGAAAGGAUGCUAUCAAAGUGCCUGUCGAGAGCCUCGUUGCAUGGCGGAAUAAGGACGAUACAUUUGUUAAGAGAGAAAGAAGACUGCAACAUACAAAUAAACAUAGUGUUUUAACAUUUUACAAACAUAUUGUAAAAUUUCGAUUCGUGAUAUUUAGUAAAUUAUGUUAA